AUGUUAAUUAGUCAAAGACCUUUCAAUGGUCAUGAACUUGCGAGUGGAUUAAAAAGCAUGAAAGAUUUAGAUUAUGCAAACGAGAUUAAAAGGCAAUUCUUACAUGCAGAUAAUGAAUUGCCAAUUAUAUUAUCAAAACAACCUGAUUUUUUUUUUUAUACACUAGCAAAAUUAUUAAAUAUUAUCGAAAAUUUGAAUAUUGCAUUAGUAUAA